AUGAACGGCAUGAGUGGAUCUUCUCCGGCGGCUCCGGCACCUUCACCGUCAGCGUUCUUCCAACAUCGCCGUCAUCACGGUGGCAUGAUGCACAUGACUUUCUUUUGGGGAAGAAAAACGGAGGUUCUAUUCGACGGCUGGCCAGGGAACAAUCUGACCAUGUAUUGGAUUUGCCUCGCCACCAUUUUCGUCCUAUCCGCUGCCACGGAGUGGGUUUCGCGGUUGGGGUGCAUGAAAGUCGGUCCGGCUAGCUUUGGCGUCGGGCUAGUCCAGACGCUGGUUUUCACCGUGAGGGCUGGUUUGUCUUAUUUGGUUAUGUUGGCUGUGAUGUCAUUCAAUGGAGGAGUCUUCUUGGCUGCCAUGGCUGGUUUUGGACUAGGGUUUAUGUUUUUUGGAAGUAGGGCUUUCAAGGACACUAGUAUUAACAAUCACACCGAGGUUCAGUCACAUUGUUGA